CUCUGCCCGCCGGAGCGGGGCGGGAGGCUGCAGCUCGGAAAGGUGCGGCGGGCGGGCGGGAGGAGGGAUGCGGCGGCAGCGGCUCACCUCUGUGGCCGGCUCCGCUUGGAGAAGUUGCAGCCUCAGGGAUUGCGGGGAGGCAGCGACCCGACGUGCAUUUCUCAGCGAACAGCAGAGGAGCGCCCCAAGUUUUGGCUCACGGGAGGCGCUGGGGAACUUCUGCAGAAGGGCUGCCGCUGUCCUCGCACCCUGCGUGCUAGAGCAGGCAUCGCACUACUUGCACCACACACGCACCACACACACAGAGUGCAGACCCAGCAUCCUACCUGCACCACAUACACACUAACUGCAGAGCCGGUAUUGUACCUGCACAGCACACACACACUCUGAGGAGCGCAGAGCAGUAUUGUACCUGCACAACACACACACACACUCUGAGGAGCGCCGAACAGGCAUUGCAGCCUCACCACACACACACACACACACGACUUAUGAGGGCCGAGCAGGAAUUUUGCCUAUCGAACACACACAAUGAGCUGUGUUAAAGCAGGCAUUUAACCGAAGUAUCUGCACGUUUCUGCAUAUCUGUUUCAUUACUGCAUUGUCUAUUUCGAGAUCUGCGUUUCCUAUUUACUGCCCUAAGGACAUGAAACCACACACAGCUAUGAGGUUAUGCAACACAGAUCAUUGAAGCGACCUUUAUGUAGAUGAAACUUUCAGAGGCAGCACUCCAUUUUGGACCCUACCUUUUUUGAGAGCAUAUGGGACUUUCCAAGGCACCUUCUGUCUGGGCUACAUAUAUUGCUUACUCCUAAAUACGUCAGAGAACAAUGAGAUCUUCUUAUUUUUUGUGUAUUUUCACACUAUAUAGUGAAGUUUCUUCCAUCUCAUUUUGUUUAAUGGAAAAAAUUGAGCAAGACUUGUGGUUGCUUUUUAUUUUACGGGAUUUCCCUUAAGGAGCCAGAUCUUUAUGAAACAUGUCCACCAUACUUUUAUUUGUAGUUUUUUAUUUGUGACUGAGACCGUAUAUUAAUUUCAGCAUAUUUUAGCUGUUUUGGUUUGAACCUGUUUUUUUUAAUUACAACAUAUAUCAUAAUGCAAGGAAUUAAAUUAUUUCAGGUUUCCAGAAAAUAAUUUGUAUGCAUCAGAAAUAUUUUAUGUCUAUUCAUGGCUCAUUAAUAUAGCAGUUUAACGGUACUAAUAUGAGGCAUUGCAUUAAUUGUUGUAUACAGUUAUUACCAAAUGACUUGCACAAACGGUGUUUCAGAUGCCGUCGAUCUAAUCAUAUUAACCAGAAGUGUCCUGUGUGCAAACAAGAAAAUAUAAUUCCUUUGUAUGUGGAUAGUAAGCAGAUGAACUUGCUAGCAGUCUUGGAAGUAAGGACUCAUCAUAAUGAAAGCUGGAAUGGAUUUUUUUGCUUGAGGAAAGGGAAGCUAUACAGCUUGAUAUUUGGAUUGAUAAUAAUGACUUUAGUGAUGGCAUCAUACAUACUGACUGGAGCCAAACAUGGCCUAUUGCUAAUACCUUCGCCUUUCCAUUAUGGAACUUUUACUGGCAAUCCAAACUUAAUGGACAAUGAAAGCCUUAGUGAGAUGAAAGACCAUUACCAGCCUUCUAAAAUUAAUAUUUCAUAUGUAAGGGAUUUUCCAAGCAUUAAAUUAAUUAUUGACACUAUUACUUCAAAGAUUGAGUUUAUAAACAGACAACGUCCAGAUUUAGAAGACCUGAAGAAACAAGAACUGCAUAUGUUUUCAAUAAUUCCUAAUAAAUUCCUUCCAAUUAGCAAGAAUCCUUGUUGGUAUGAAGAAUAUAGAGGAAAUACUACAACAGAUCCUUACACAACAAACUCAUAUGCACUGUAUUCAAAGCGUUUUCGGACCAUAUUUGAUUACCUCAAAAAAGUAUUUUGGAACCACUUGUAUCAUUAUAAGGAUAAGCACUAUCGGCUGCGCUGUCUUCCUCAUUUCUACAUAAUAGGCCAGCCAAAAUGUGGAACGACCGAUCUUUAUGACAGGCUCCGGUUACACCCAGAUGUUAGAUUCUCAGCAAUUAAAGAACCACACUGGUGGACAAGGAAGCGAUUUGGAAUAAUUCGUCUGAGGGAUGGAUUUCAUGAUCGCUACCCAGUGGAAGAUUACCUUGAUCUGUUUGACUUGGCUGCAUAUCAGAUUCAGGGUGUGUUACAGAGCGAUGUAACAAAAGGGCACAGCAAGAUGAACCACAUCAUUAUUGGAGAGGCCAGUGCUUCUACAAUGUGGGAUAACAAUGCCUGGGUUUUCUUCUAUGACAACAAUACUGAUGGAGAACCUCCAUUUUUAAUCCAGGAUUUCAUCCAUGCUUUCCAGCCCCAUGCCAAACUUAUCAUCAUGCUGAGGGAUCCUGUUGAAAGAUUGUAUUCGGAUUAUCUGUACUUUGCAAGUGCGAAUAAAUCCGCAGAAGACUUUCAUGAAAAAGUGGCAGAUUCACUGCAGCUGUUUGAAAAUUGCAUGCUGGAUUACUCACUGAGAGCCUGUGUCUACAACAACACCCUUAACAAUGCUAUGCCUGUGAGGCUACAGGUUGGCCUAUAUGUUGUGUAUCUCUUGGACUGGCUGACUGUUUUCGACAAGGGUCAGAUACUAGUUCUCCGCUUAGAGGAUCAUGCAUCCAAUGUUAAAUACACCAUGCAUAUGGUGUUCCAGUUUCUGGAUUUAGGGCCUAUAAGUGAGAAACAAGAAGCUCUAAUUACAAAGAGUCCUGCGUCAAACACUAGACGUCCUGAAGACCGAAAUCUGGGACCCAUGUUACCAACGACAAAGGCAAUUCUAAGAGACUUCUAUAGGCCUUUUAAUACAAAACUGGCGCAAGUUCUUUUUGAUGAUGCUUUUUUAUGGAAAAAGACAUAAUAUGUAAAUUCACUUCCACAAAUACACUGCUUUAAGGAGUUUU